UUUUUCAAAAUAUGGCAAAGGUUCAGGUGAACAAUGCAGUGGUGCUGGAUAACCCUUCUCCUUUCUACAACCCAUUCCAGUUCGAGAUCACCUUCGAGUGCAUCGAGGACCUGUCUGAAGACCUGGAAUGGAAAAUUAUCUAUGUGGGCUCCGCAGAAAGUGAAGAAUAUGAUCAAGUUUUAGACUCUGUUUUAGUGGGCCCUGUUCCUGCAGGAAGGCAUAUGUUUGUAUUUCAGGCUGAUGCACCUAAUCCGGGACUCAUUCCAGAUGCAGAUGCAGUAGGUGUAACAGUUGUGCUAAUUACAUGCACCUAUCGAGGCCAAGAAUUUAUUAGAGUUGGUUAUUAUGUAAAUAAUGAAUACACUGAGACGGAAUUAAGGGAAAAUCCGCCAGUAGAACCAGACUUUUCUAAGCUUCAAAGGAACAUUUUGGCAUCCAAUCCCAGAGUCACUAGAUUCCACAUUAAUUGGGAAGAUAACACAGGAAAACUGGAAGAUGCAGAGAGCAGUAAUCCAAAUCUACAAUCACUUCUUUCAACAGAUGCAUUACCUUCAGCAUCAAAGGGAUGGUCCACAUCAGAAAACUCACUAAAUGUCAUGUUAGAAUCCCACAUGGACUGCAUGUGACCACCUGCCAUCCCUAUAGUACAAAUUAAGCUAUAAAAACACACAGAACUAUUUCCCUGAAAUUCCGUAAGUACAUAGUCAAGAUACAAUGUGAAGAAUUUGUUUAAAAAACAUCCUGUAGAAAGUUUAUAAGAAAACCAGUAUUUGAGCAAAUUGUGGAAUAUA